CGCGAAAAUCGGCCACAGAAGAGCUAAAGCGAACGGAUUUUUGUUAAUUUCCAUCGCAUAAAACGAGAAUUGUUGCACGUUUGUGCGCCUACGGGAAAACAUGCCCAGACAUCACAAUUACAUGGAUCGAUUGCCAGAUGAGAUUUUGUGUAUGGUGUUCGAUCGUCUGGAUCUUGAAAACGUGAAAACGGCCUCCCGGACCUGCCAGCGAUGGAAUGCCAUCAUCUUUUUUAGUGGAUACGUGGACAGAUUUCGGCUGGAUAUCAAUGUAUUGAACCAUGCUACUACGAGGAAGCAGCAAGAGGUACCAAAAUUGAAACGGUUGAUACAACGGGCGAAACAGAUUGUAAUGCACACACAACGCCAAUAUCGCGGUUUAAGCAUGAGCGUAGAACCGAUUCUGGAAUCGCAAUUUCCAGCGUUUUGGAAAGCCAUUCACCCGAAAAUCACGCAACACCUCCGGGAGCUCGAACUUGACUUCAUUGAGGGCUCGAUGGUGAGGAUAUUUCCGUUGAUAGCUGAUGCGUUACCGUCGAUGUCGCACCUACAAAUGUUCAAUAUAGCAGACUACACUUAUAGUGAUAUGUACCAGAAGAGCAUACCAACGCUUCGAAGUCAAUCGGUUAUGCAUCUAUCGAUGGACUGCAAAUACAAGUUCUUGGUGGACAUGCCGCAGCUGCAAACUUUCGAUGGUGCACUGAGCGCACUGCAUCCUCCGGCCGAUAACUCCGGCAAAUCGCCGCUUGUGUUCGGGAAGCUGAAAGACCUAUCGGUAAACGUAAAAGGAUGGAAACCAACUGAUCCCUCAUCCAUCUUUCGUCGAAUGCCGUACUUGGAGCGAUGCGAUUGGGAUGUGCCGUUAGAAGAGGAUCUCUUCAUAUCAAUGGGUGAAACGUGCCCCUUGCUAAGCUCUAUCGAUUUUUCGAAAACCAUAUACCUUUCCAAUCCAUCUUUGUUGAAGAGUGUGCUUAAUCUCACCCAGCUUCGUCGUCUGCGGUUUCAUAAGAUUAUUCAUUUGGAGGAGCAAUCGUUUUUAGAUUUUUCGAAACUAACCCAGCUAGAGUCGCUGGAUCUGGGUAAAACGAUUGUAAAGCCCAGCACGUUACUGAACUUGCCCAAGUCGGUCCGAAAGCUUGGGCUGCUCAUCGAUCAGGAGGCUGAACAAAGCUUGAGUGACAUCAUCACCUGCAACCUCUCGCACCUAACAGAACUCCGUUUAGCGUAUUAUCGCGCACCAGCGUCCCAGAAAUUGUUAAAAUCGUUAUCCCUUUUUGAGCAGCUUGAGGUACUGCAUUUUUCCCGUUGCCAUUUCACUCAACCGUUUUUCCUUGGGAUGGAUGGCACUCUGCCUCGUCUCCAUACUUUGCUGUUCACGAAAUGCAAACUCGAGACGAAGCAUCUUCUCGGGCUCCAGAUAAAGUUUCCCCGAUUGAAGGAUUGCUUGUUUUUGAAAUGCUUCGUUAUGACCGAAUCAGAAGGCGAUGAGGAGGAGGAGGAGUACGAUUCGGAUGAUACGUUCGAAAGCGAUCUAAACUCAGAAAACGAUUACCCCGGGUACGAGUACGAUUUAGAUUCCGAUUACACCGACAGCGAUGGAUACCAAUAUGAUGAUGGUUCGGAUUUCGAACUCGACUACGAUGAUUACGCUUUGCUAUCGGCCUUAGCAGAUCUUGCACCCUAAAGGUAGCUUACCGGUUGUUUAAGAUAAGGCGCUCACUCCAUGCUCACGGGCUCAUUCCUUAGUAUAAGAAUUGUAUAUGAAUUUACAGGAGUCUCGCUCUAUCCUAGCGGAAGCCGGCAUUCCGAAUGUAUUGUAAAUAUGAUGUGCCAUGUGUGAAGACACGAAUUUGAUUAUGAAAAAAUGAAAUAAACACAUGAAGUUUCUUAAAC